AUGGCUUCUAUACCAAUAAAGCGGCUACAGCUAAAAGCUCAAUUGCCGAGAGUACUCAGAACUAUAGGCAAGAAGCACUCUUAUGGCCUUUAUCAACAGCCGGCGCGUCUCAAGCAUCGCUCCAACGCGAUUCUAGCAGCUUGCUUGCCAACUCAAACAUAUCCAUUCAACCGGCCUUUCAUGUCAAGCAGCGCGCAAAGGCAGCCGAGAUCGAUUGGCAUGGAAUGGUAUGACCUCUCGCCCGCGCGCCAAAUCCAGUGGAUGCUAGAAUCUGGAGACAACAAAUGGGGCUGGGCCAUCUACCGAUGCACUUACAAGCCAGAGCUCCAGGGCCCUUGGGAGAAGUUCAAGAACCUCGUCGAAUGCAGGAUACAAAAGGCCAUUGUAGAUUCAGAUGCUCCUGACAUCGCCAAGAAGCUCGACUUGGCCUGGAUCGAGGAUUCUCAGCUUGAAGGUGCACUGCUGAGUGAACUGAAGCGUAGAUUCAGGGAGUGGGUGCGCACUGAAACGCAACACUUCAACUUCGAUAUAAGUGCUCACUCUUCUGAACUCGGUUCAAGGUACUCACACUUUAUCCAAGUCGACGAGGAAAGCCUGGUGAGCUGUCUUCGUGAAUGUGGUGUUGAUCUUCAUGGAGGGCAUGUGAAUAUUGUUCGGGGUUGGGCAGAUGGUCUCGCGCCUGAGGAGGCGACAGAUGAGUUUGGUGACGCCCUCGAUGCUGAGGACUGGAUGAAGAUUCCGGCAAGCGAGAUCAUGCCCAGCACUUAUAUGGAGUUUGACAACGAUGAAAUGUGGUAUGUCAACUAUACGCAACCGCCGAACGUGUGCAAUGCACGUUGGUAG